UUCUGUUUUAGAACAAAAUUGAUCAAUCAACAUGUUUAGUUUGGUUUCUAAGUAACCAUUCGUGAUUGUACUGUAUAGAUGUGAGUGACAAGUAUUUCCAGGAAAAAUUAUUCAAUUAUUAAGAUAGGCGCUAGUUAUCAGAUGCAACUUGCCAGGUGUAGCCAUAUCUUUAAUCAUAUACUCUAUUUGUUAUAUUUUAUAUACUUUCUCAAUUAGAUAUGGAUAACCAUUUAACGAACCACGAUAACGAACGAGAGACGCCAAAAUAUCAGAACACUUAUCGUCUGAAUGCUUACAAUCCUUUUAAAAUAGAUCCAGUGGAUAAGAUUGUAAAGACGAUAAUGAUAACUAAAUUAGAAGAUAUUUCUUAUAAUGCUGUGGAGUGUCUGAAGCUUUGUGAGUUAGUAGCCAUUGAAAUUAGAGAAAAAAUUAAAACCUUGAACUUCGAUAGAUAUAAAAUCGUAGUCAAUGUGACCAUCAUAGAAAAAGCAAAUCAAUCUAUACAAUCAUCUAUAGGCUUUCUUUGGGACGCUGGAAAAGACAAUUACUCCACAUUUACAUACGGAGCUCGAACUUUUCAUGCCUAUUGUUGUGUAUUUGGUCUUUAUUGUGAAUAAGUUGAAUUAUCAUCUUCUUAGUAAUUUUUCACUCUUAUUGCCUAUCAAACUACGUACAAUCGGUCUCGAAAAUAUUCGAACACUACCAUAACUUUGACUUUUAUGUUCUAUAUCUGAAACAGCUGAAGAUAAGACAACAAAAAUGUUUUACAAUAUAUUGAAGUAUAAUAUAUAUAUGUCAGAAUGAAAAAACUUUUGACUUAAAAAAAAAAAAAAAAUGAAUUGAACCGUAGAAUUAAUAAAAAGACAACAAUAAACACAGUUAAAUUCAGAUAAAUUCAGUUAAUAGAAUAAUAAAAUACAACGUCGGUUACUAAUAGAAAAUAAUCAACAUACUAAACUGCUUAAAACAUGUUAUUGAACAAAACAAUAAAAUAUUGAACUUUUAUAAAAGAAUUGCCAUUUUAGUUUUUUACCUUGAGUUAUAAAGUGUCCGAAUAUUUUCGAAACUAAUUAUAUGUUAAUAUUUAUUCACGACAAAAUUAAAAUUUGAACGAUGUUCUCUUGAUUUUCAUCAGAUCAUACAUUUUCCAUGUGGUAUCGACGUUAAUGAGUGAUAGAUUUUUAUCAAUAAUUGCGGGAAAUAGCAAGAACAUGUAGUAAUAAUAAGAAUCAACUUGUGUAUGGAUACAGUGAUUUAAACACACCUUUGUUUAUCUCUACCGAUUGCGUACUCAAGAGAAUUAUUGUCAUAAUUUAUUUAAAGCUAGACACGAUAUCUUUUCUAAUUAUUAUUCGCAAUUGCCAGAUUUAAAUCAUACAAGUAUUUAUCGCAACACUACGAUCAAUAAAAUCAAAGAUUUUCAUUUACCUUGUUGCUGUUAUGGUUUUUAUGAUUCUAUAGUUUAUUGAUAUACGUAUAUCAAUAACUAGGUGCUUUUUUAAUGUUACGUUAA